AGCAGCAUCAGCAGCAGCAGCAGGGACAACAAUCGCAUCACUUCUUCCGGGAAGAGCCGAUGUGCCGAGCGGUCUCCCUGCUGGAGGAUCAGACGUCCGUCAAGGCGUACCUGGAUCUUCUCAGGACCUGGAUGAGGGACACUCUCAGCUUGGUUGCGAUGAGCCGGGCGUCGGGGCGAAUCGUCGGAGUCGCCGUCACGCGAAUCAACAGUCACUCGGACAAAAGCGACACGUACAAUCGUGUACAGGUACGCGACGACUACAAGAUUCGUUCUAAGACGAGGGAUAGGUUCGGAGGAAGGGGAAAAAAAAUUAAUAAAUGUAUUUCUCAUCGAUUUAGAUUAUCGAGGGGGACGCCUUGGAGAAGAUCAUGGGCCUGA